AUGUUUUUCGUAAAUAUUCCGACUGGACUCAUCAGGACCAAUGCACUAAAUGCCACAAAUAUUAAACACCUACAUAAAAAUAUAAUACUAACCUACAUUAAAGCCGGACCAGCAUGCACCGAUCCCAACGAGGUGCUGGUAAAUAGCGAGUGCCGGUGCGCACCCGACUUUCACAAACCCACCCCAACGAGUAAGUGCACGGCAUUAAAGUGCAAAUCAGACAACGAUUGUAUUACGCUGUGGGAAACAGACCGGGUGUGCGACAAACUAUUGGGCUCGUGUCUGUGCGCGCUAGGUUACCGUGAAUAUCUUGAAAAUGGUCGCAAAUGUGUGUUGCACAUAACACAAUCUUGCUCGACCACCACCAAGUGUCAGGACACACAGGAAGUAUGCGUUGGUGGCCACUGCCUACCUGCCCCCAAUGUUCGGUACGAUGACAAAACCAAAAAGUACGUGCCCUAUAAAUGCGCCACCGAGAUGAACCAAUGCGCGCCGCACUGGGAUGACAAGCGCCGGUGCGACACAACCCUAAACGCGUGCGUUUGCCUGUCGGACGACUACCGGGAAAACAUGCUAAACGGGCGUAAGUGUGAGCCAUACGCUGCCCACGUAUGCAAAGAUGGCAAGACCUGUAACAAAGAUGAGGUAUGCAUUGAGGGCCAGUGCCGGUGCCCACCGGACACCCACUGGGACGACAAAACGGGCAAAUGCGCGGCACACAAGUGCACCGGAAGUAUAGACUGCUCGCAUCCGUGGGAUCAGUACCGCAAGUGUGUACUGCCGGCCGGCAAAUGCCAGUGCCUUUCGCACGACUUCAGGGAAAACAUCAAAAACGGCCGCAAAUGCGAGCCAUUUGUCGCUCCCAUAUGUAAAGACGCCAAGACUUGCGGCAAAACCGAGGCCUGCGUUGACGGCCACUGCCGGUGCGCAGUGGACACCCAGUGGGAUGACCUGACAGCUACCUGCAAAGCCCAUCCCUGCACUAUGGACGGCGAGUGCUCGCCCGAGUGGGACCGUAACCGCCGGUGCGAUAAGCCCACAAAAAAGUGCGCAUGCCUAACCCACGACUUCCGCGAAAACAAGCUUAAUGGUUUAAAGUGCGAGCCCUUUGUACCCAAACCAUGUGUGGCCAACGCGACCAAUGGCGAGGCCAUUGCGGCCAACGGCACCUGCGCUAAGGGCGAGCUGUGUGUGGGCGGCAAGUGCUGGUGUCCGGCCAAUCAGCGCUGGGAUGACAAGACCGGGAAGUGUGUGGCGUUUAAAUGUACCUUGGACGCCGAGUGCGUCACCGCGUGGGACCCACAUCGCCGGUGUGAUAUGACUAACCCGGCUAAUCAUACCUGCGCCUGCCUUACUAAACAGUAUUGGGAGGUUAAGUCCAUGGGCUUUCAGUGUGUGUUUGGCUCGGCCUACGGCCUAAUCCAUAAUAGCUCCUGGCUAUGGGUGCUUAUGGCCGGAGUCUCAUCGGCCUAUUUAGUCAUCGGCUCUUCAACAUGCACAGUCCAGGAACAAGCAGCCAUGGGAAGCAAUUGGAAUAAUGUCCAAAUGAUGCUAGGUGGUCGGGCAGUAGAUCUAUUUGUAGAAAUACUAAUCAACCAGGUGGUUACCAACCAGGAUGGCAACCGGGCAAUCAACUACCUGGCAAUCAAUUACCUGGGUACAGACCUGGUUACCCAGUUGGCUAAAUACAAAAUCAGUGGAAUGAAGUUCCACAUAUGCCUCUAG